GAAUAUCGAUGUUAUAUCGAUGUAUCGAUGUUUCAAUUUGAAAAUGAAACAUCGAUGUUCGUAAACCGAUGUUCGAUGUUUUCGCAAAUUUUGUACCAUCACUUAGUAAUUGCACGUGGAACGAAAGUGGCUUUUGGUGUUGGCAGGCAGUGAUUGAAAUGGAGCGGUUUGUAGAAAGUUCUAGUGGCAAAGUUUCAAAGACGAGCUCAAAGGAGGUGGAAGAAGAAAACCCAGCAAAAAGAACAAGGUACGGUCAGUCAGCUGUAUGGCAAUUUUUUAACAAAUCAAAGGAUGGCAGUUCAGCUAAAUGCAUUCAGUGUGGAAAAACAUAUAUAACAUGUGGCAAUACCACUAAUUUGGCUGGACACCUGAAACGGAUGCAUGCAGGAUUAACUGUUAGCGAGCUUCCGAAAUCUUCAGGGUCUAUUUUGUCCUUCAUUGAAAAAAAAUACGAAGCAUCUUCCGCUAGGAAAAAGAGUCUUGAUAGCUCACUAAUGCACUAUAUAUGCUCCGACAUGCGACCGUUCUCAGUUGUUGAAAACAAAGGAUUUCGUAAUUUUGUCAGUACAUUGGAUCCUCGCUACGAGCUGCCUUCUCGUAACAAAUUGAGAAACACAUGCAUGCAAGACUUUUACACAAAUAUGAAAGACAAAUUACACUGUAUUCUGGACCGAGUGGACUAUUGCGCUAUAACAACAGAUUGCUGGACGUCACGGGCUAACGAAAGUUAUAUGACAGUCACUUGCCAUUUCAUCAAUGACAACUUUGAGCUAAAAGCAGCUGUUUUGUCAACCAAAAAUCUCAUUGACGAAACCAACCACACGUCGCAAAAUAUUGCAAAUUCCUUGCGCGAAGUCCUUGUGGAAUGGCAAGUUAUUGACAAAGUCAGCGCAAUUGUUACAGACAACGCGAGGAACGUUGUAAAAGCAUGUGAGAUUCUACAAAAGCGAAACGUGCCUUGCUUUGCUCAUUGCAUUAAUUUAAUUGUCCAAAGCUGUUUUUCCCUUGAAAAUAUUAAGACAAUUAUGGGAAAGUGCAAAAGCAUAGUUUCGUUUUUCAAGAGCAGCUCAAUAGCGUAUGCAAAAUUUAAGCAAGCCCAGGAACCAAUGAAGCCAUAUAGUCUAAAACAGGAGUGCCCUACAAGGUGGAAUAGUGCUUUCUACAUGAUUGAGCGCAUUUUGGCCACAAAGUCAGCUAUUGCUAAAGUCCUGUUAGAUACUCCGAAAGCAAUACUACCUCUAUCAGUUGAUGAGCUAUCUGUUCUGGAAGAUUUAAAGCAGGUUCUUUCACUAUUCGAGGAUGCGACGGUACAAACAUCAUCCAGCUCUAAUGUAACAGUUUCGCUAAUUAUACCAUUGGUUAGCGGACUUUUGCAUAAUUUGAGUGAAAUCAAAGAUCGACUAGAAACUGAUGAUGGCCGUAAAGUAUGCAACUUGCUAAUGGAAGGCAUACGGCAAAGACUACUGCCAUAUGAAAAAAGAACUGUGACUCGUUUGUCGACAUUACUGGAUCCGCGUUUUAAAAAGGAGGGUUUUUUUUUCAAAUACAAACUCUAUAGAAGCCGAAAAAUUUUUAGAAAAUGA